CCUUUGCAGUCAUCAUGUCGGGGGCACGACGACGCAGGCGUCAGGCUGAGAAAGGAAAGGGAGGCGAGAGCCCUCCAUCCCCAGCCCUUCCUGGCAGCAGAGGCGGCAGAGGCAGCAGGGGAGAUGCAGAGCCGGGCAUGGCGUCUGCGGCGGCGCCCAGCCUCACCGUCUGCCUCAAGCUCCUGGCGGCGGCCUUCUAUGGCUUCAGCUCCUUCCUCAUCGUCGUGGUCAACAAGAGCGUCCUCAGCAGCUACGGAUUUCCGUCGUCGCUGUGUGUGGGACUAGGUCAGAUGUUGGCUACGGUGAUUGUCCUCUGGGUGGGAAAGGCACUCAGGGUGGUGAAGUUUCCAGACUUUGACAGAAACAUACCUCGGAAGACAUUUCCACUACCUCUUCUCUAUUUUGGGAACCAGAUCACAGGACUGUUCAGCACAAAGAAACUGAACCUGCCAAUGUUUACAGUCCUGAGACGGUUUUCUAUUCUGUUUACAAUGUUUGCAGAAGGAAUCUUACUCAAGAAGAAAUUUUCUUGGGGAAUUCAGAUGACAGUAUUUGCAAUGAUAAUUGGAGCCUUUGUAGCUGCAAGUUCUGAUUUGGCAUUUGAUCUAGAAGGUUACAUUUUUAUCUUGAUCAAUGAUGUCUUGACAGCUGCAAACGGCGCCUAUGUAAAGCAGAAACUAGAUUCAAAGGAGCUGGGAAAAUAUGGUCUCCUGUAUUACAAUGCACUAUUCAUGAUUCUUCCAACCUUGGCCAUUGCCUAUUUUACAGGAGAUGUGCAAAAGGCAAUGGAAUACAAAGGCUGGGCAGAUACCCUCUUUCUUAUACAGUUUACACUCUCCUGUGUAAUGGGGUUUAUUCUUAUGUAUUCAACAGUACUUUGUACUCAGUAUAACUCUGCCCUUACAACUACAAUAGUUGGCUGUAUUAAGAAUAUAUUAAUAACCUACAUAGGGAUGUUCUUUGGUGGAGAUUAUAUUUUCACAUGGACAAACUUUGUAGGAUUAAAUAUCAGUAUUGCUGGAAGCCUGGUAUAUUCUUACAUCACCUUUACAGAAGAACAGAACAAGCAGUCUGAAGCUAGCAUCAAGAUGGACAUUAAAGGGAAAAGUGCGGUAUGACAAAGGAGUUACUUACUGAAAGCAACUGUUCCUUUGCAGCUGUGAUUGCUGACAAAUCAGUAGAAUAUUGAGUAUCUGUGAAUGGAAUUGUAUGAAUCCUUUGCAUUUGCACAAUCUGACAAUUGCUGCCUUUCAGAAGCAAUGAGAUAAUUUAAAAUGUACAGGUGGGUAGUUAAUGCUAAGCCUCAAGAAAUAAUUUUUUUAAAAAAAAUAAUCUUGCACUAUCUGUGCAAAAAUUACUUCUAAUGCCACAGUAUUAAUCAUCUCAACUAUAGCCAGUGCACUGCUAGCUGGAGUUGGAUCCUGCAAGAAAAUGUGUCCUAAAUAUUUCAGAAUCAAUUUGAGGGUGCUGAGCAAACAUGGCUUUCAUUUACCAAGAAGACCAGCCUUAACUGCCUUUCCCACAAAAGUUAGUUAAAACUGAUACUGGUGAAUGGCAUUCAGACUAAUUCUUAUCCUAUGGGGAUAUGAAUCAUAUUGCACAGCCUGUAACAAGGGACAAAGGGAGAAUGGCUUAUCCCGUCUGCCACUGAAGUCACCAUGAGAGCAAUCUGAACCAGUUUCUGGCCAUUCCAGUCUAUAGUUUGGAAUAUGUGUCCUAUUUGAAAUCAGUCAAUUAAUUUCCCUCCCUGCAAACAGUUAAGCACUUGAUUGGCAUUAACUUUGGGGAUAUUUAGAUGUGUGCCUUGUCAGAAAUCAUUGUUUUUAGGCCUCCGUAGGUCAACAGCAAGCAUUGUUUAAAACAGUGGUUUGAGCAAUGUUUGUCCCAGAGAAAUAAGAAAAUUCAAGUACAGUGCUGAAAUGCUCUAUGACCUUGGUCAUGGAUUUCCCCUCACCUCUUUUGUGUAGCUUUCACCAGGAAAAAGAUACAGCCUGAAACAGAUAAAUGAGCCUCCUUCCCAUGACCGUAGUGCUCAGCAUAGGGACCAGCUAUGCAAGAGGCACAUGUUGAAGAGGAGUUUGUACAUUGGUGAUUCCAUACACAAACAACUCACAUGCCAGAUUAAUGCCCUUCCUCCAAAAAAAAAAAACCAUCCUUUUCUUGCUAUUUCCACCAGUCUAUCAUUUUGGCUCUCUGGUGAGAGGCAAGAAUAAAUCAACUGACAGAGAAAGAUCAAAAGACAAGAAAACUUAAUCAGGAAAGAGAGAAGCCAUGACAACUUCAAGCCAUUGGUCAUAUAUAGGUUUCAGUUCUAAAUCAACAGCUAUAGGCCAAACUACAGGAGGACUAACUCCUGUUGUGUAUCACUUUUUUCAUGCAUGAAUCCAAGAUUGUCUCUAGCUAUUCAUCAAUAAGGUGAGAGUGCUAGUCCUGCAAAUGCUCGAGUUACUUUCCUAAUAAAGCUGGCUAAAGCCACAAAUAGGCAUAUCCAGAAAGUGCCGAAAAUCCAGUGGUUAAAAGAAAAGGACAAUGAAGUAGUUAUGGUUAGAUUAGUACUGGUUUAUGUACAAAGUGUUCUUGCAUCAGCAGCUUCUACAAUGCUGAUAGGAAGGAUUGUCUUAUUGCCAGAAAGGUCCUUUGGAAGCAGAUAUGGGAGGCAGAGCAACCAAGGAGAGGGAGAUACAAGUAAAGUUCUGCUUGUAUUCGGUGGCAUCUUGCCCACAAUGUUCUGGCUCACGGCUGGACUGAAGUCUUAGCAAAGCUCUGCUACAUCUGAUUUGUCUAGAAGGCUUCACGCUGAUAAAGGUUGCCUUCCAAGGUUCGAAAUGAACCUGAGAAACUGACUUAUGAACAAAAUAGGACCAAAGAACAUCUUCCACUGAAUCCAGUACUGUAUGAUGAAACUGUUCUCAAAAGCUCAGACCAGUUUUCUAUUAAACUGGCAUUGCUGAUGAUUUCUAUCAGUUACCAUGCACAUUUUAAAAAUGCCUUAUUUCUUGGGGGAUUGUAAAGCACAAUAAUUGUGUGAUGAAUUUUUUUCUGAAGAAAUAAAAUAAAAAGAGGGGACCUACAGCACUGCAGCCUUCAGGACCAAAUUUUAAAACCUAGUGAUUUUGUACUCAUACGUGUUGCCAGAUAUGAAGGGAUUUCUUCCCUAAUCUGUGAAAAAAUAAAUCAUUAAGAGGCUGAGAUAGUGAAGAAUUCCCUAUCUAAGGCAGACACUGCUUUGUCUUCAUGAUUUGGACUCACUAGACUAAGAAUCCAGAACAAAUAGAAAUUGAUUUUCUUUUGCUAAAAUUACACUAAGAGGCUGGAGAAAAUUCAGAUGUAAGAUACUAGUACCAUUCAGCUUAUAAAUGUUAUUUGUAAUUUAUAUAGCAUUGCUUUGUCUGCUUGCUAAUGUCCCUUGCUCCCAGUAUCCACCAAACACCUGAUAGUUUUAAAAGAAGUAUUUUGCUUAAAGAUGUAAAAUUCCUGGAAAGUUUCAGUUCAUGCUGGGGGGGGGGUGUUUUUCCCAUUUUUUUGGGGGGGGGACACAAAUUUUGGGGAAAUUGGGGGAAAAUGUUAAUAUUAGCAUUACAGGUUAGAUAAAAGACAUGUAUGCAUAGUGCUGUGUCUAACAAUGGAACUGUUCAAGCAGAAAGGACAUUCUGCUGCUGAAAUGCUCUGUUAUGAAAGGAAGGUCUGAAGCUGCACAAUGCAUAUGAAAAUAAUAUGGGUGUAAGAACAGAAGUGUGUAUUGGGGAAACUGGAAACUAAAGGAUGACAUUUUUGUCAAGACUUUGCAUCGAUUGCAAUUAAAAAUAGAGAUUUUGCUUUUUUCUGCUUCAAAACUGCAGAACAAAAAAAUGGGAAUGUAUAAGUACUGCAAUACAUGGGAUAACCAAACUGAAGUGGAUAGGAAUGGAGCAUUUUCAAUCAGAUAAUUACAUAGAGUUUUACUAUGGAAAUAACAAUAUAAAAUUAAACUGAGUUGAGUUAAUAGUGGGACAUAAUGUAGCAAAAGCAGUCAAGGGAUAUAAUGCAACAUUUGGUCAAAUAAAUCAAAAAGACUCCAUGGGAAAUGUGUCAGUAUAACAAUAAUUGAAAUUUAUGGUCCAAUUACAGAGGCGGAAGAUGAAGAAAUCAGUAGCUUCUUUUGUGGCACCCAGGGAAAAAUAAGUCAUACACCAAAACAAGAAACUGGUAGUUGACUUGAAUUCAAAAAUGGGAAACAGAGUAGAACCAAUGGUUGGAAAAAUUGGCCUAGAAUCAAGAAAUUAAACAUAAUAGCAACGUAGUGAAUUUUGUAAAAUCAACAUGUUCGUUCAUUGCAAACAAAUUCUUUAGACCACCAAACAGACAACAAACAGUGGACAGCACUGGAAAUGCAAGAUAGUAAUCAAAUAGAUAUUAUAAAUGAAGCAAAAGAUGAAGAAGCCCCAUUCUCACUACACAGGCAAAUCCAAGAGUGGACUAUGGCAAGAGCACGAAUUAAUAUCAAAGUUAACAAUAAGGGUAAAGAAGGACAUUAAAUCCAUCAUCAUGCUAAAAUAUAAUCUAAAGAAUGUCCCUGAAGACUUUUAACAACAUAAAAAGCCAGAUUUACACUACUAAGCCUAAAUGACUGGGACCCAGAAGGACCAUGGACCAACCCCAGGAACAUUAUCAGGGAAGAAUGCAGAAAAAAUCUUAUCUGUAAUCAAAGAGAAAGAAAGGCCUCACUGGAUGGCUGAUGUAACUGUUCAUACAGUUAAGGACAGGCAAGAAGCAAAAGUAAAAAGUGACAGAAUAAGUGUCAGAAUCCUGAAGCAGCUGUUCAGGGACUUGUGCCCAGGGACAAAGAGAGCUCUUAUAAUCAGUAAAAACAAAUAGAAGAAAACAAUGGUAAAAUAGAACAAGAAAUAUGAUAGGCCAAAACAAAUUAUGCAUAAUGUAUUUGUGUAUAAUGUAUUCAGUUUAUUCAGUGAAUUAUUAAAAAUUGAUUAGACUUUU